GUGAACAGUGAACAGUCGUACACUAGCAGGUGCGUUGAGCGCGCGUGUGUCCGCCAUAUUUGAAUAACAGCUGAUUUGGCGCCAAUCGUGCCGAUCGAGUAUCGAUAAAAGACACAUCGAAGUAAUCGAGUUGCAUUAUUUAGAUGAUUUAUUGACUGUUUUAUGGUGUUGUGAUAACGGACAAAUGAAGAUGACAGUAAAUCGAAUAAGAGUUGUGGUUUUAGGGAGCGCAAGAAGCGGCAAGUCUGCUGUGGUGGUUCGUUACCUGACGAAGCGAUAUAUUGGUGAAUAUAGCUCAACUGGAGAUUUUCUAUAUCAACAUCGCGUUGCCUUUGACGGUGCCUCAUCAGAAGUUGAAAUAUUGGACACCUGUGGAUGUGCUAAAAGAGGAUGUUUAGCUGAGCAUCUUCGGUGGGGUGAUGCCUUUGCGGUUGUCUACUCGAUUUGCGAUAGAAGAUCAUUUUUGGCGGCAGCAGAACUACUGGCGUUGCUGGAGCGAACACGACUUCCCGGAUGUACAGCAGUCACUCUACUGGGAAACAAGCGAGAUCUGGAACAUGCAAGAGUGGUGAAAACAGAGGAAGGUCAAGAGCUCUCCCUGCGGUUUGGAUGUCAGUUCUACGAGAUAUCAGCGGCGGAGUCGUCUGCAGGCGGCGCGCUAGCGUUCCACGCAUUACUCCGAGAAUCUCGUUCACUAACAAUGUUGCUACCAACGCCUCGACGCAAACUUGCGGCUUACUCUGUUUCAAAGGUAAUUGGCACCAUUUUGGGCUUGAGCAAUAAGAGUGUUAGGAAGAAACGGCCAUCACUAAGCAUAUGAUAUGACUGCUAGAUGGUCUUUUGGAUUUUGUUUACUCCACGAUGGAGUUUGUUAUCGACACAUUCGCAGAGUCGCUUUCUGGAAGGAUCUAGAUUGCUGUUGCGAUGAAGCAGGUUACGGCGCGAAGAAUUGGAAAGAUGGAUUUUAAGACGGCAAUUAUUUCAAAAUAUGCAGUUGAUGUGAAUAUGUAUUUGUACAUAGUGUCCGAUACACUUAAAUAAAUAACCAGAGUUGAUUUCGUAUUGCAUAAACCUGAUAGUUUGUAACUUUUAUUUCUCGCUAAAUAGCGAGUAGUUUUAAUCAGUCCUGUAAUGGGUACAUUGUUGUGGGUCUUAUAGUCAUUUAUUAUUUUCUCUUUCAAUAUUUCAAAUAAAUUGCUUACGAUGUUUAUUUGUAAGUAUGUAUUUACGUUAGCUUACCAUACAUAAUAUAUAUUCAAAUAAAAUUUGAAAAAAAAAUGAUUUGUGUAUUAAUCCUAGAAGUGAGGGUUAUCACUUUAAAAACAUAACAUAUUGUUUAGAUUUACAAGAGCGACAUCUCAAGUCAAUUUUCUAAUAUGCAAACAUUGGGGUUGUGCAGGUUAUCAACUGUAAAGUAGAUCCUGUAGAUGAAGCCACAACCUGAGAGUUGAACAAAGCAUACAAGAUUUUAUGACGAUACGUCACUCGAACGGUUAGCUCAGUUGGUUAGAGCACUGGCACGGAACGCCAGAGGUCGUGGGUUCGAGUCCGGCAUCGUUCAUAAUUUUUUUUUUUUUUUUCAAAUUUUAUUUGUGUAUUAAUCCUAGAAGUGAGGGUAUGGUAUAAUUUUAAAAACAUAACAAAUUAUAUGUAUUAUUCGAAUUAUUUUGAUAUCUUUUAUGUUUUCAUGAUACUUGUCGAUGAAAAUAUAAAUGUCUGGCUCAAAAUAAUCCGUUUGAAAGUAAUGUGUCUCAAUAUUUUCGUUUGUUAAUACAAGUUUCAUUUUAUGUAAUAUUAUUUUGCCAAAAUUCUUGAAGUAACCGAUAUGUUGCGGUUACACUGUGAUUACCUGGUUCUGAAUAUAUUCGUGCUUUAAGAUAUCGGGUUUAUAAAUAAUAUUUUUGUAACACGAACUAGCUAUAUAUAUCUGAAUGGAGAUUUUUCAAGUUCGUAAUAUAAAAUUUCAGUGUUUUUCUUAAUAAUUCUUGUAAGGUUUAUUUUAAGUUUGAUCCCACCUCUUCGUUUUAUUAAUAUAGUCUAGGCGAUGUUAUAAUAAGUGCCUUGAUUCUUUUACGAGACUGUUUAUAAAAAUUUAUGACCAUAAUUAGGUUAAUCACCAUUAUGAUUUUGUAAUUAGCUAUAUAUAAUUAUGUUAUAUUAUUUAAUUACUACUUUGUAAAACAAUAUAGUUAUUAUUAUAAAUAUAGUUUUUGUUGAA